AUGGAAGGAUAUGUCAUGCAGAGAUUUAACCAACCAUGUCAUGAAACCACUUCAAUCCUAAAUCCGCUUGACGCUGGAAAAUGUGUAUAAAAGCAAUAGUCAACACCAUGUCCCAGCAUCAGUUUCCAUUGUUCUGUGGUAAAACCCAAGAUUUUCACAGACAGCACACUUCAAGAAUGAACUCCAAAGCAAAUUUGUUCCUUAUUCUGGCGGUGAUUGGUGCUGCAGUUCUUAUUGACCAUGUGCAAUCAAAUCCGGCCGUUGAUCUCUUCGGUGGAUAUGAAAUCAUCUCCGUGUGCAUGACCAACUGUGCCCAGUGCAAACGUAUGUACGGAACGUUCUUCAACGGGCAGCUGUGUGCCGAGGCGUGUCUCGAGUUCAAAGGCAAGAUUGUACCGGACUGCGAGGACAUCGGGUCGAUUGCCGGUUUUCUGAAUCGGGCCGAGUUGAAAAAGUUUGCCUAAAAUGGUGCGAAAAUGUUUAAAAAGUGGUGAAUUAUGAAAAGGGAUACGAAAAUGUUUUGGUAGAUAUAAAAAGUAGCAAGUAUAAUAAAUUUAAAUCGUGAUAGCUUUCAAAGAUAAAUGGAUACUUAUUUUUAAUUUGAAUUUGUUACUUUUUUAAAGUACAUGAUAGCGGGUAGAGACAGAGGCAGGCCUAGUGGUGUCAAUGUUGAGGUAGUGAUUGAUGGAGAUAUGUUUGAAGUUGUUGAAGAAUUUGUUUAUCUUGGAAUAUUUGUGACAUGUGCCAAUGACGUUUCCCGUGCAACGAGGCGUAUUGCAGCUGUGAAUAAGGCCUUUCACGGAUUGCGUUGUCAACUUUUAAAAGUUUUGCAGUGCACAAUCUGAAACUCCCUGAUCUAUGCCCAAGAAGCUCAGGGAAAUUUCCAUUACCGUAAACCAGGGUCAAAUUGAUCAGCGGGGUGAAAUUGAUCAA